AUGGAAUCGGCAAAGGUUUCAUCCGCCCAUCAACUACGACACGUCGCCAUCGCGCCAGCCGCGGCCGACUCGUCACACCCACCAGCACUACACAAGAAUGGAGGCGACGACGACGACGACGUCCCGCAGAUGCCCUACACCUGUGUCACGUGUGGCAGGCGGAAGGUGAAGUGCGACAAGACUGGUCCCCCCUGUGGCACGUGCAAGAAAGCAAAACAGGAAUGCUUCUACCAGGAACCGCCACCCCGGAAGAAGAAGCGGAAAGCAAACGACGACAUUCACGACAGAUUGGACCGAUAUGAGCAGCUACUCAGAGAGAACGGUCUGCUCCCCAAGGAGGAUCCCAACAUUCCUGCAACCCCUUCCAUGCACUCGCCCGACGCCGGCUACAACCCGAGCACAACCGCUGCCAGUUGGGGGGCGCACGAGCAUACUACUGAGAAGCCGCAGCUUGCAAGCGGAGCCGGGAGACUGGUCAAAGGCCGCAACAAGACGCGAUACAUUGACAGCCAGAUCUGGAGAUCCCUCGGUGACGACCUCCAUCCCUCCUCGGACGAAGAAGAUGGACCCGACCACGACCACGGGCCAGCAUCACUGGCUGCUGAUGCGAUUGAUCCCCUGACCGGCGCCUUCCUUCCUACGGUCGUCUCUUACCAGAAUCUUCUCAAUCUUCACCCCACAUACGACGUCGCCAUGAAGCUGUGGAAGCAGUAUGUUCAGAAUGCCGAUCCAGUCUGCAAGCUUCUGCAUGUUCCCACUGUCACCAAGAUCCUCCAGCGAGCCGCUGCCGACCCGAGCAGCAUGUCCAGGGUCACCGAAUGCCUGCUCUUCUCCAUCUACCAUUUCGCCGUCUACUCGUCGACAGACGCCGAAUGUGACUCCAUGUUCCUGCAGCCCAAGCAUGUCCUCCAGAAGAGGUACCACGACGCUACUCGACACGCCCUCGUGGCUUGUCGCUUCCUGAGGACUACCGACUUGACCGUGCUGCAGGCCUACAUGCUGUAUCUGCUGGGCAUGCGGAAUACCCUUGAUCCCCACACCUUCUGGAUCCUGUCCGGCGUCGCCGUGCGAAUCGGUCAACGCAUGGGCCUUCAUCGUGAUGGCGAUGAGAUGGGUCUGAAUCCAUACGAUGUGCAGAUGCGGCGACGUGUCUUCUGGCAGCUUCUCCCCAUCGAUGGCAUGUCUGCCCAGCUCUCGGGAACAGGCAUCGCCAUUACCGCGGAUUCCUGGGACACUAAACAACCGCUGAAUAUCAACGAUGAAGACAUAUGGCCCGACAUGGAGACUGCACCGGUCCCCCGAAAGGGUGCCACGGACAUGAUGUUUGUACUUGCCAGAACUGAAGUCGGCAUGUUCCACCAAAAGGUCAAGCCUGCUCUGGGGAACUGGUCGAGGCUCUGGGAGGGGACAGACAUACCCUUCAUCAACGAGGCGAUGCAAAAGAUGGAGGAGACGAUGGAGAACAAGUACAUCCGGUACUGCGACAUCUCGGAUCCCAUGCACUGCCUUACCCUCUCCAUGGCUCGAGGUUCGCUCUGCGUCGCUCGCUUGCGCGUGGGGGUCGCAGCCACCAAGGGGAAGCCCAUCACGUCCGGCGAGAGGAAGGAGUUGGUCGAGUUGUCCUAUAAGGUGCUGGACCACGCAAUUGCCGUCCGUGCAAAUGGCAACCUCGCGCGGUAUCUCUGGCACAUGGCCGCAUUCUUCCACUUCGAUCCUUUGAUAUGGCUCUUGAACGAGCUUCGCCGCGACGAUUGUGCCGCAGACCCGGAUACUGUCUGGUCCAAGACGGAGCGGAUAUUCGACCUCCAUCCCGAAGUGCUCGAUCAUCGACGCUCCAUCGACACCGCCAUGUCUCGAUUGACGUUGAGAGCCUGGGACGCAACGCAGGCCAAAGCUGCCGUCCCCAGACCGGAACCGCCAUUUGUGCACAAGUUGCGCACAAGUCUCAGCCGGAAAGAAGCGUCCAAAUCAUCAACCCAGACGCCGGUACAGAAGCCGAACCCUUUCGAUCCCGGCUUCGAAGCCUCCAACGAUAUCCCUGUGGCUUCAUACCUGAGCUCCAACCAGCCUUUUGCCUUCUCGGACUAUAACGCGCUGAACGACAUGAAUGCUGAUAUUGACUGGAUGUUCUGGGACCAGUUAGUGCGAGAUCCGACGGCCUUUCCCCAACUUUGA